GACUUGUUUGCCCACGAGUCUGAUCAUCGAGGCGGAGAGAAAGUCAGAAAGAAAAGCCCGUCCGUCCCUCCGCCUAUUUAGCGCCGCUUCCUCCUCUCGUCCUCACCCUCAAUCACCACCCGGAGCGACGAGCGACCAGCGAUGGCGCGCGUCUCCAAUUCCAAGAAGCGCAUGCUCCACACCAACAGCAGCAGCGGCAACAAGAAGGAGGAGGCGACCACCGCCAGCGCCAACGCCAGCGCCGCGGGGAGCGACGACGGCCGCCCCGUCCGCGUCUACGCCGACGGCAUCUUCGACCUCUUCCACUUCGGCCACGCCCGCGCCCUCGAGCAGGCCAAGCUGCUGUUCCCCAACACGUACCUGCUGGUGGGAUGCUGCAACGACGACCUCACGCGGCGCUACAAGGGCAAGACCGUCAUGAACCAGGAGGAGCGAUACGAGUCCCUGCGCCACUGCAAGUGGGUUGAUGAGGUCAUUCCCGAUGCUCCCUGGGUUCUCACGCCAGAAUUCAUUGAGAAGCAUCAGAUUGACUAUGUCGCACAUGAUGCUUUGCCUUAUGCCGAUACAAGCGGUGCUGCAAAUGACGUCUAUGAGUUUGUCAAGAAGAUUGGAAAAUUCAAGGAAACAAAACGGACUGAUGGAGUAUCGACAUCGGACCUUAUAAUGAGGAUAGUGAAGGACUACAACCAGUAUGUCAUGAGGAAUUUAGCACGAGGUUACUCAAGGAAAGAUAUGGGCGUGAGCUAUGUUAAGGAGAAACAACUGCAAGUGAAUAUGAAGAUAAAUAAACUGCGGGAGACUGUGAAGGCACAACAAGAAAAGUUGCAAACGGUGGCGAAGACGGCUGGGAUAAACCACGAAGAGUGGCUGGCGAACGCGGAUCGCUGGGUGGCUGGCUUCCUGGAGAAGUUCGAGGAGCACUGCCACGUCAUGGAGACUGCCAUCAAGGACCGGAUACAGGAGAGGUUGGGGAGGCAGGCCGGCAAAGGCAUAGCCGGCGGUCUUAUGCGGCAGCCGGUGGCGGCGGCCUGAUCUUUCAGACCAGGUCUUUGUGAUGGUGUGAACGAACACCGAGAAAGCGAGAAGUUGUUUAGCUGUGCUUGUGUCAUGGAAUGUGAUGCUUGUGCUGAGUAAAGUGGUUGAGUUAGCUGAGCAAAUCCUUUGUAUUAUUAUUACUGUUCUUUUUUUGUUGCUGGAGGAUGUGUGUGUGUGUGGUUUCACAGUUUUGUACGCAGAUAUGAUGUCUAUAGCAGGGACGUUUGGUGUCGAGCGGCUUACCUACUAUGUGGAGAGAGUUUUGUUACCUUGAUCUUUGUAGGCUGUAUCUUUUGUAAUGAGAGAAAAGAAGUUGCUCCA